AUUUUUUAGGAAAGUGAAAAUAAAGUGAUAUUCCCCAAGAAGUAUCAGUUUCUCUCAUUUUCGCAAGCAUACGCACCCUGAGGUGUAAAGUGCAUCGUUUGAAAGGAAGCAGAAGACUAAGUUUUUAUCAAUACCCACUCUUACAUUAAAGAAAAAAUAUACAGCUAAUAUAGAAAAUAUCAAAAGGUUCACUAAAUGUGAAACCCAGUGUAUACAGACGCCUGGGCUAGCCAUUCUGUUCACCAACCCAACGACCUUGCUUAACUCCAAAACCAGAAACGUUACUAUAACUUACUUCAAAGUCGACCACUUCCCGAAUAUCGACAAUUAAACGAAUUCAAACCUAAACCAGAGCAAAGCUUCUUUUAUCCCCUCGAGGUAUACCAAAAAUGUAUAAAUAAAAUCUCGCUCGGUCGGAUUGGCACAAUAGUUUCGCGAGUACUGUCCGCAUCAGCAGCGCUAAACUACCCCUAAUACUAAACGAAUAGUCAACAUGAAAUUCAUCAUUGCGAUUUCGACGAUUCUGGUUUGCGCGGCCGCCACUCCUACCGGAUUUAUCACACCCAUAGCUGCGAUUUCGACGCCGUUCGCCAGCCAGUAUCACGCUCAAGACACUUUGGGGCAGUACACCUACGGGUAUUCCAACCUUUUGUCGGCUAAAUCGGAGGCUAGGUCCUUAGAUGGUGCUGUUUUGGGCAGUUACAGCUACGUGGACCCCAACGGCAAAGUCCAAUCUGUAGAAUAUACUGCCGACGAUCAAGGGUUCAGAGUAGCAGCUUCAAACUUACCUGUAGGUCCCUUGCCAGUAGAACUACCAAAUUUUGCAUUACCAACACCUGUACAGGAUACUCCAGAAGUAGUUGAAGCUAGAAACCAGCAUUUGGCCGCAGUGGAAGAAGCAAGAAAUCGUGCAUCUCAAGGCGAUAUCCGUUCUGAAGUGACAAAUUCUGUGGACCUUCCAGCUGCUAGAUCAGCUAUCGCUUUGAAAUAUGGUGAUCAACCAAUCGCUAUUACAUCGUCGUUACCAGUAGGUACAUCAUUGCUUCCAUUGGCUUACAGACCAACGGUAGCCGUCAAAUCCUUCGUAACACCAGCCAUCGCAGUAAAAUCCACACCCGCCUCGACAGCAUUUUCUUACUCCUACGGCAUCAACAAUCUGUAUGACUACGCCCCUGCUCUCUACUACCCGGGCUACACGACUUUCGCCACUCACUUUACCACACCGCAAGUUCUGAACACUGUGACCGCAGACGCUGCGAUCGUCGAGAAUGCUGAAUUAGCCGUGAAGGCGAAGAGCGCGGCCAACGAGGACCAGAAGGAAGACAAGAGUUCGCAGUGAUUUGUUUCGUGUUGGACUAGGUGCCGUUCUUGUUGUAAUUAGGUUGUAUAAAGUAAUAUUAACGUAUAAUGCUCUUUUAAUUU